CCCAAGAACUCAAUGAUCCUCCCUUUUGCACGCCUGCUCCCACCAAGGGCCUCCCUCCUUUUGCCUCAGACCACCAAUCCCGUCCCCCGAAAAACAUCCUCUAAGUAAUCGACCCCACCCGUACCCUUCUCUCUCUCUCUUCCGGUCCCAGAACAGUUGCUGCAGAGCAGAGAUGAGAUGAUAGAUCUCCCUCUCUCUCUCUCUCUCUCUCUCUCUCUCUCUCUCUCUCAAGUCCAGGCAGAGAGGGAAAGAAAGAAGGACUUUCUCUCCCCCUCUCUCUCUCUCUUUCCUCCCCGGCCAGUUUCUAUUUUAUCGAUUGCAUCAAGGCAUCGCUCCCAUCAUUUCCUCUCUUUCUUAACGCAGAUCCCCAUCAUCCCAUUCACUCGACCUUCUCCCUUGCACAGAUCCACUGUCCCUUCUUUCUCUCUCUCCCUCAUAAAACUACCAAUUGAAGCCUUUACUUUGCUCUUCGGCCUCAGUUACUCGUCGUCGUAGGUGGGAAGCAUGCACGUUGGGGGAGGUACAGUUCUCCUGCUUCCAGAUACAUGGACACUCUCUUUAGGCUAGUCACCCUCCAGCACCACCACCACCACCACCACCCUCACCACCCCGACCCUUCUCCCCUAAACUCCACCACCACCCGCACCUCCACCUCCUCCCCUUCCUCCUCCUCCCCCUCCCUGGGCCGCACCCUCUCCCCCUCCCACCAAGAAUGCUGCAGAAACCCUCACAUGGACGACGACGACCACCUCUCCUCCUCCUCAUCCAAGCACUUCCAUUCCUCCUAUCCCCCCAGUACAGCCGGCGCCUCAUCGACCGCCUCCUACCAGUCAUUCGACGCCAUCCCCGCCGAUCACGCCAACCCUCCGCUUCCGCCCGAAUUCGCAUCAUCCACCCACCCGCCGCCCAACUGGGCAGCCUCCCUCCUGGUCGACUGCGCCCGCGCCGUCGCCGCCAAGCACUCCGCCCGCGUCCAGCAGCUCCUCUGGAUGCUCAACGAGCUCUCUUCCCCUUACGGCGACACGGACCAGAAGCUCGCCGCCUACUUUCUCCAGGCUCUCUUCGCCCGGGUGAGGGGCACCGGCCAGCGCACGCACCGCACUCUGUGCUCCGCCGCCGAGCGCGGAGUAUCCUUCGACUCCACCCGAAGGACGAUGCUGCGGUUUCAGGAGGCCAGCCCUUGGGCGACGUUCGGGCACGUGGCCGCCAACGGCGCAAUUCUCGAGGCCUUCGACGGCGAGCCCCGGCUUCAUAUCGUCGACAUCAGCACCACACACUGCACCCAGUGGCCGACGCUGCUGGAGGCCCUCGCCACCCGCUCCGACGACACGCCCCACCUCAAGCUCACUAGCGUCGUGCUCACCGGAGGCGCCCCAACCCACCGCGUCGCCAAGGAGAUCGGCCAGCGCAUCGAGAAGUUCGCGCGCCUCAUGGGCGUCCCUUUCAGCUUCUCCGCGGUGCACUGCGAGGAAGAAGCUCUCAGUGCCAGCGUGCUCGACCGCGUCGAGAUCGACCCCGGCGAGGCCGUCGCCGUUAACUGCGUCGGGACGCUCCGGCGAGUUGCUCCGGGACCUGAACGCGACGCGAUCGUCUCGGCGAUCGCCCGUCUCCGCCCGAAGAUCUUGACCGUCGUGGAGGAAGAGGCUGACUUCGGCAGCGGGGAGGCGGACGAGGAUGGGGAGGAGGAGGAGGAGGGCUUCGUUUCGUCUUUCAGGGAGUGCCUCCGGUUCUUCUCCGCCUACCUGGAGUCUCUCGACUGCAGUCUCCCCAAGACGAGCAACGAGCGGCUCGCUCUCGAGCGGGCGGCCGGGCGGGCCAUCGUCGACGUCGUGGCCUGCCCUGCGAGGGAGUCGGCGGAGAGAAGGGAACGCGCGGUGGGAUGGGCGAGGCAGCUGGGCUCCGCCGGAUUCUCGCCUGCUGCUUUCAGCGACGACGUGGGCGACGACGUCCGGGCUCUUCUCAAGCGGUAUAGGGAAGGGUGGUCCAUGGUCCCCGCCGGCGAUUCCGCUGGGAUAUUCCUCGCAUGGAGGGAGCAGCCGGUUGUCUGGGCAUCCGCGUGGAAGCCGUGAUGGUCGGCCCGCCCCCCGCGACGGCGACUAGCAGAGGAGAGGAGGGUACGAGGAGUCUGACCCACAAACUCCGACCCGUUUGCGUUUCCACAUUGAAAAAAAAGGGAGGAAAUUUAACAGGAGAAAAGGAAAAAAGAAAAAAUCAUUGGUUUUAAAAUUUUUUCUUUAUUUCCUUCUUUCUUUUAUUUCUUUUGUUCCUAUUUUCUUUUCUUUUUUUUUUUCAAUUUGAAUUUGAACAAAAGGAUGGUGUAUUAGGUACAGCGAGUGAUCUCAUCAUUGUGUGCAAGAUAUUUUGUGCAUGUCACACACCAUGGUUUUCGGUACUGUGAGUCUUUUGACGAUUAAAACUUUUUCCAUGUAAUUGUUUAUUCUAUCUUCUCCAAGAGGAAUGAUCCGGUGAGCUCUUUCUUGCUCAUCAAGCGCCCCA